AUGGCCUCCAGGAGGGCUGGUGUGGUGGCGCCGGGUCCAGCCUCGCCUCUUCCGUUCGGUUUUUCGACUUGGGAGUUGGGACUCCUUCCUACUUGCGCUUUCCUAGAUGAUGAAAACUUUGUGGGACGAUCAAAUCCUCUGAGAAGGUGGUCUUUUAGGAGGAGCAGACACCCACAUCCUCAUGACUUUGCUCCAAAGGGCCCAAGCCAGCAAUCUGAUCAAGGUCCUGCUGCAAACAGUGGCAAAGAAUUCUUGGAGGGGAAUUGGGGCUCUGUAGCAAUGCAUCAAAAGAUGGGGUACGACAGCGCGGCGUAUGGGUUUCAAGCUUACGGCAUGGAGUUAGAAGAAAGACCAGGUACAUUCUCCCAAAACAUCCAGAUGAGUGAUGAGCAUAGUGGUGGCAUGAAGAAAAGGAAGGGAACAGAUGACUGCAUUGCGUUGCUAAACCCAUCAGCCAGUAGCAAGAAUGUGGGUGAUCAACAAACAGAGGUUUCGUCUCAGCCAGAAAGGAAUUCGGCGGAGAGGGACAACAGGAAGAUCUCGCCCAAAACGCAAAGCAAGGAAGAUUCUUCGGAUGGUGAUGGCACUAGAGAAAAUUAUGUUCAUUUCCGGGCAAAGCGAGGCCAAGCCACUAACAGCCACAGCCUUGCGGAAAGACUGAGGAGGAAAAAGAUAAGUGAGAGAAUGAAGCUUCUUCAGGAUCUUGUUCCAGGGUGUAAUAAGAUUACUGGCAAGGCCGUCAUGCUUGAUGAGAUAAUCAAUUACGUGCAGUCAUUACAACGACAAGUUGAGUUCUUGUCAAUGAAACUUGCAACUGUGAACCCUGAGCUUGGCUUUGAUAUUGAGCAGAUUCUAUCCAAACAAGUGAUGCUUUCUCAGGACAGGCGCCUUGGUUUCUAUGGAGCUGACCCAGGAUCAAGCGCCCUCAUUGCUCAUUUCAACCAAGGAAUGAUGCAUCCAGACAUGAUGUGCAAUGCUUCCAAUCCAGCGGGUGCUCUGCACGGAACAAUUCACGACAUCUCCAUGAUGAACCAGAUGCCUGAGAUGUGGGAGACUCUUCAGAACAUUCCUCAUAUGAACUUCAACCCCGCUGUGGCUGCGGACAGCAGCACCAACAAUGCUGGUCCCAUGAAGAUUGAACAGUGA